AUGCUGCCACGGGAUAGGUUUCUUCUGCACACUGGCUUGGUGUUUAUUGUGUCUCUGUGUCACCUGGUUACAGCCAUUGAAGUUCCCCUUGAUCCAAGCCUUCAGAGAGAGUUGGCCCAGCCUCCAACCAUUACCAAGCAGAGUCCAAAGGAUUAUAUCGUAGACCCACGAGAUAACGUGGUUAUUUACUGCGAAGGGAAGGGGAACCCAACUCCAGCCUUCUCGUGGACUCGCAAUGGAAAGUUCUUCAAUGUCGCAAAAGAUUCCAGAGUGUCGAUGCGAUCGCGGUCAGGCACCCUCACAAUGGACUUCCGUUACAGCGGCCGGGCGGAGGACUAUGAGGGGGAAUACCAGUGCUCAGCCAGAAAUGACUAUGGAACUGCACUCUCCCACAAAAUAUUCCUUCGAGUCUCCAAGGCACCCCUGUGGCGUAAGGAGGUCUUAGAUCCUUUCCAGGUACAGGAAGGAGCACCCUUGAUUCUUCCAUGUCAACCUCCUGCUGGACUUCCCCCUCCUGUCAUCUUCUGGAUGGACAGCAUGAUGGAAUCGAUCCCUCAGAAUAAACGUGUGUCUCAGGGCCUGAACGGAGACCUCUACUUCUCCAACGUGGUGCGUAGUGAUGCACGCUUUGACUACAUCUGUAAUGCCCGGUUCCUCUUCACUCACACCAUUCAACAGAAAAACCCCAUCACCAUCAAGGUGAUAACCAUGGAUACCAGUUAUGAAUCUGUGUCAACUAUUCUGAAUGAAACUGAAUUGUCUGGUGCUCGGCCAAUCACAGAGCAGAUUCCAAAGUUCAUGUCACCGACAGGGACGUCCAGCAGCAGAAUUAUUCUCCGAGGGGAAGACCUGUUACUGGAGUGCAUCGCUUCAGGAAUACCCACACCGGAUAUUAUUUGGUACAAGAAAGGUGGUGAACUGCCUUGGCCAAAGGUGCGAAUUGAAAAUUACAACAAGACGUUGAGGAUCACUGACGUUUCUGAGGAGAACUCGGGCGAGUAUUUUUGCUUAGCAUCCAAUAAAAUGGGAAGCAUACGGCACACAAUCACAGUGAGAGUGAAAGCUGCUCCAUAUUGGCUGAAUGAGCCGCAGAAUUUGGUACUGGCUCCUGGGGAAUACGGCAGAUUGGUGUGUCAAGCCAAUGGAAACCCCAAGCCCAACAUCCAGUGGCUGAUGAACGGGGAACCCAUAGAAAAGGUCCGUCAGAGUCCAGGCCGUGAAAUUGAUGGUGAUACGAUCAUCUUCCGAGAGGCACAGAUAGGAAGCAGUGCUGUGUACCAAUGCAAUGCCUCAAAUGAGCAUGGAUACUUACUGGCCAAUGCAUUUGUCAGCAUUCUCGAUGUGCAACCAAGAAUAUUGACUCGACGAAACCAAAUUGUCAAAGUGAUAGAAAAUAACCGAACAAGGCUUGAUUGUCAGUUCUUUGGUUCACCAAUCCCCACCCUGCGAUGGUUUAAGGAUGGACAAGGCAAUAAUCUUUAUGGAGGAAACUAUAUCAUCCAUGACAAUGGGACUUUGGAAUUACGACGAGCGCGGAAGGUUGAUGAGGGAACCUAUACCUGUGUAGCAACCAAUAUACUGGGCAAGGCUGAGAACAGAGUGCGACUGGAGGUCAAAGACCCUACAAGGAUCAUUAGGGCUCCGGAAUCUAUCACAGUGAAGAGGUCACUUGCUGCAAAGUUUGAAUGUAAAGUGAGACAUGAUCCCACAUUAAGAGUGACAGUUACCUGGCUCAAAGAUGAUAAAGUUCUGUAUUUGCCUUGGAGGAUGAAGAAAGAUGAGGACUCUUUAACAAUCAUUAAUGUGUCUGAACGAGAUGAAGGGAUCUACACAUGUAUUGCCAGCACAGAACUGGACAGUGACUCAGCUAAGGCACGCCUCACUGUUCUCGAUCGUCCUGAUCCUCCCCGAGAUCUGGAACUGACGGAUCCAGCAGAUCGAAGUAUAAGAUUGACGUGGAUUCCUGGCGAUGACAACAACAGUCCAAUUACAGAGUUCAUUGUGCAGUUUGAAGAGAACAGGUUUCAGCCGAGAAAGUGGCACAAUUUGACCCGAAUCCCAGGCAGCAUCAACUCUGCCGUAUUGCAGCUCUCUCCAUAUGUUAACUACCAGUUCCGGGUGAUAGCGGUGAAUGAAGUUGGAGAAGGUGCCCCCAGUUUGCCUUCUGAACGUUAUCAAACAACUGGAACAGCUCCAGAACUCAAUCCAUCUGAUGUUCGAGGGGCAGGAAUAUCAAAAUCAAGCAUGCAAAUCAGUUGGACGCCUCUGAAUGGAACACAAAUCAGUGGCCCGAAUCUCAAGUAUAUAGUCAGCUGGAGACAAAAGGAUGUAGGUGGGGAGUGGUCAACAGUCACCGUUCCCAGGUCCAGUUACAUCGUCUCUCCGACUCCCUUCUUUACACCCUACGAGAUUAAAGUGCAGGCAGUGAAUGAUUUUGGAUUAGGUCCCGAACCAAGAAUUGUGAUUGGAUACUCGGGUGAAGACUUUCCUGGAAAACCAAGUUACCUCAGAAUCAGGCAGCCAGAUUUGGAGAGCAUUACGUUACAGUGGGGUCCUCCACGUGAUCCAAACGGAAUCCUCAUCGGCUACGUGAUCAUGUACCAUCCACUGACUGGCUCAAGAUCAAGACGCAAUGCCACCAUUCCCAGACUCGGGCCUGAUGUGACCACCUAUAGGUUGGAGAGAGUUGACGCAAACACUAAGUACAGGUUUUACGUCUUCGCUCAAACCCGCCAAGGACUAGGCGAAGCGAUUGUGUUGGAUUCACCUGACUUUGAAAAUGAAGCUUUUACUAAUAGUCACGUGGACAUCGCAACGCAGGGCUGGUUCAUUGGCCUGAUGUGUGCUGUGGCACUCCUUGUGCUGAUUCUGCUGAUUGUGUGCUUCAUAAAGAGGAGCAGAGGAGGCAAAUAUCCAGGUAAGAAAGCUCAAUGUGAAACUGAGGGUGGGCCUGCACAAGAGGCCAUGUAUUCCCAGUCGGAGAUCAACUGGGAUUCCCAAAACGAGAGAAGAAUAUCCAAAGCAAGGGAAAAUGAUAAUGAAGACAGCAAGAAGCCUCAAGGCAGUCAGUCUUCGGUGGACGGGACAGUGAAGCAAGAGGAGAGCGAUGACAGCAUCGUCAUCUACGGUGAUGGGGAUGGCAAUUCUCGCUUUGGCGAGGACGGUUCCUUCAUCGGUCAGUACACGGUCAAAAAGGACAAAGAGGAGACCGAGGGUAAUGACAGCUCCGAAGCUACGUCUCCAGUCAAUCCCGCCUAUUCCUUGGCACAAAUGUGAAAAGUAAGGUGAAACCCAAAACUCAAAGCAUAUGGGCACAGGUGCUAGCAAGACAGUAACUACAUUUGAUUUAUCCACCAAUAUCCGAGCGUAUGGAAAACAGAAGCAAAGUGUGAUUAGGCAAACGUGAGAGACCAAAUAAUGAAGCCGGCAACAGAGGAUACGUGAAGAGUAAGGAGAAUUAAUGAAAGGGGCAACGUGGAAGGUAGAGUGAUUUAUCAGGCUUUGGAGUAACGUAGCCCUCGAGCAUCCCAGCCUCCAUGUGUUGCUGUUAAGCCCCAGUAGCCUAUCUCUCAAGAGUAAGAAAAAAAAUUCUGGAAACUGCUAUUUUUCUUCCCAUCCAUUUUAGAUUGCAAGUGACACAAUUUUGGAGUAAUUUCUAACAUUGUGUGUAGAUGAUGCUACCUAGGGACUCUUCAUAUUCCACUUGCAAGCUCUGUCCUUGUCUCGAGCUAUCAUGAGGCUACAGCU